AUGUACCGGCGCCUAUGCAUGGCACCAGAUGUUCUGAAACUUGUAAAAAUUGCCCACGGCAUAGUAACCCAAUCUGGCAAUCAGCGUAGACACUUUCACUGUCUACUUGAGGAAGGAGAACGGCACCAAAAACAUGCUCCAGAACUUCUACAAUGUGGUUGGGGCUCUGACGCUUCAGUAAAUAUUGAUGAUGUUGAUGUGCGUGUAUGUGUGUGGCGUAAUUGUGGGUUCAAACCACUGGUGGCGUGGCGGAGGCUGGGAAUCAAAGAGAAUGACUUUCUGACUGUAGGAACGUUCACCUGGAUCAGGGAAAACAACAUUCUGAAUCGUGUUCUUCUAUUUAAGAUCUCCCAUUGGAACCUCAUCAUCAAAGCUGUACAGAAAGAAGACGAAGGAACAUACCAAUGUCAGAUCACAGACAAAGUUCCACUCAGGACCCAUGUCUAUCUCACAGUCAAACAAUUCGCUAAUAAUCCAUCACCUU